AUUUUUGACCAUUUUAAUUGAAAAUAAUCACAGUAAGGUACUUAAUUGUUACCCAGAAAUGAUUUGAUAUUGAGAUAAAAACAGCUGCAUUGGACCUUUAAACCCCAAAUGAUAGUUUUGAAGGUAGAUUUAUUUUCUACCAGAGUUGAUACACAUGACUACAACUCAUAUCAGAUAUGAACACUUUUUUUUUCUUCAUGAAAGUUGCUUUUUAAGUGGAAAGUUCAAUAGCUGUGAGAACUUCAGAUUGUAAAUAGGACACACAAAAAACACUAGAAUGCUUUACUCUUGACAACGGUUAUCACCUAAUUCCAUAUGAAAUCUUUCAUGCCACCAAGGCAAGAUCAUGCACUCGCUCUUUUGCUUAAUCAAUUAUUUCACCUGUUUACUAUGCAAUGUUGGGCUAUUCGCUUUUCAAACAGACUUCGAUUCAAAGCAUUUCUAUUGUUGUUAUACAGUAAUGACUUAUCACUGUGUGAGAAAACAGUUAUGAUGUCUACAUUGAUUCUUAUUCAGUUUUCCUGGUAAGGUAGGAGUAUUGUAUAUUACCUAUACAAUUAGCAACAUAACUUCGACCCGGUGACUAUAGGACAGUAAUUUGGCUUUAUAGACAAUCAAAAAUUUUAAUAUAUCAUUUUUUGCACACUGUACACAGACUAAAACUAUGUCUGAAUCCACUCUUGGGAACUUUUAUUUGCUAAUCGAUGACUUCAUUCAUGUUACAUUUGCUUUCUCUUCAGCUUGGAUAGAUUUAGUCGGAAGCUUCCUUUAACAUUUUCUGUUGUUUGAACUUUUGUUUGAUUGCAUUACACAGCCAAUAUUAAGCUUUGUCCUACAUUGGUAGUGUUAUAUUGUGGGGAGUUACUUGAGCAGUAUGACUCCUGCAUGUUGGACAAUGUCACACAUGUUGCUAUUGUGAAAUGCUAAUCCUUUUGUUUGUUGCACUGCAGAGAGAACAUACUCCUUUCAAACAUCUUGAAACGACAUGCAGUAGUGUGGAAGCUGGUAAAGCCUCUUAAAGUAGCUAUCCGGUGUUUCCAAAUUUCUAUGAAAUAUGAUCUAUAAUUACUUACUAUAGCUAGGUUUCCAUCUAAUGGUGACAGAUUUCCAUGUGAAUAUUCUAAAAAAAUUGCAUAAAAACAAAAUGCGCAUUUUUCCACCAGAGAUGUUGCAGAUUAAAGGCUAUGCGCGUAAAAAAUAGCUUUUGCGUUUAAAUUCCCAUGUACCGACAACAAAAAAUACAAGUUAAAUGGGUUUCCAUCACAUUCAACUCUUUUUAUGGUUUUCUCACCCCCAAAAAAAUGUAAUUAUGUUCCCAGUCCGGCAUUGGCAGUGCGCUCCAGCCAACAGUGCACAGAUACAGUACUGUUGGCUAGAGCGCACUUCUAGCCUACAUCAGGGAUCAUCAUCUAGAUUCAGCCAUGGACUGAUUCUUUCUUUCCUUUUCUUGAGUGGAUGGUCAGGUGGCCAGAACAUAAUUACAAAUAAUUUGUCAACUGCAAAUUGACCUCAAGAAGCCCAAACUAUAUAAUAUUUAACUAAAACAGAAUCAUUUCAAACCUUGCUUACCUUUGUAUACCAUCACAUACUGUAUAUCUCUCGAUUUACAAAUCUAAAAUCACUUGGAGCUGAUUUGCUGGUGUUUGUACAGUCUUUUUUGACCAACAAUAACAUUUAAAAAAUAUAUAUAUAUAUACAAAUUUUCACAGAAAACUUGGGUCAAAUUUGUCCCCCAGGCUGCCAGUUGGGGAACCCUAGUCUACACGAUGACAUUAUUAUUAAAAGCGUUUCCACUGACAUUUCUCACAUAAUACAUUUUACAGACACAAAAGAAGAUCCCACCUUGUCUACUGUAUUUUGUUUUGUCGACAUUUGGAAAGUUUACCGAAAACCUUUCAGUUUCCAUCAGGCCUGUCAUUUAAUAUCUGACAUAUACUUUACUCGCAUAAAAAAAGGUUAGUUGGAAACCUGGUUAAUAUGAGUGAAAUAUCUUUCUUGAAAAAAAAAAAAGUAUAAAAAAAGUUAAAAAGCAGCUUUUCUGUGUUUGAAUGGUGUGGGUGUACACCGGUCGAUAAAAAUAUCCGUGACAAGUAAACAGCUGAUUGGCCAGCUCAGCCAAUGAGUCAGUGGACGGAUUCGAUUAUACUGACCAGCCGGGUACCUGGCAAAGAAAGGCACAUUCUAUCAUCGGGCGAAAGAGGGGAGGGAAGAGCGCCCUUCUCAAACGGAAAAGUAAUCUACGUCGCUCGGUCAUUUUGUCAACAAGGCAGCAUGGUGCAUCGUCCAGAAACAUACAUAUAUAUUCCAUAAAACAAAAUGUUAGAAUUUACUCAUUGUCAUUGGGAAGGCAGAUAAAGCUCAAAAGCAAUCACUUUUGCAUUUGAAAAAAAAGCAAUCACUUUCGCAUUUGAAAACACAGAGUCCUACUCAUUACUCCACGUGCUCCUACGUCACACCUAGCUCAUGCCUGAAGGCAGCCCAGUUUCAAAAUGAAUGCAAUCAACUUUCACCCGGUGCAAAACAUGCCUACAUGGGCAAAAUGAAUCAAACCCCUCAUUGAGACGUCUUGGCCAAAAACUUUGGCCACAAAUACAAGUAUAGAAUGAGUCAACAACAUUAUUUGGGUAUGAGUUAUCAAUUAUUUUAAGCCAUCAUAAUGUAGGCCUACAACAUGACCAUGUACAGAUGUAGGAUCUUAAUUUGAUCACUUGUUGCUGAGAAUAUUAAUGAAUUGUAAAUUUACUGAAAACCCACACUAACACAUAUUAACAGAAAUGGAAUUUUCAUGUAGCCUAUUUUUGGCCAGCGAAUAGCCUAACCACAUAUCAAGAAACGUGUUAAAAUACUUUAGCUGCAGGAUUAUCUUUGCUAUAUAGGUCAAAUUUAAGAUCCUACAUCUGUAUGGAGGUUGUAUUUUAGUAACCUAAACAGGAGUGACAUCCCUUCAGGGGGUAAAUUAAGAAUUAUUAAUGAGCAAGCAAGCUAAUUUCUGUAUAUGAUCUACUACUCAGGGCCCUAUCCAAUCAAAAGCAAGGUGACAGGCGCAGGUCGGGUCAGACUGGGAAAAGUCUAUGCCAAUGCCAGAGUCCCCAUGACAACGAUAAUGUGAUCAUGCACGACCCUGAAUGCAACGCCAUACUGGAACUAGAUUCUUCAGAAUCGUCUGAGGAAUCUUCAGAAGAAGAAAUUGUGAAGUGUUCUACAGAGCCGGAGGUUGUAGGCCCAGCCAUGGAGCUGGAAAGGAGGAUUGAGGAGAUGAGGAGGCGAAAUGAGGCUUUGCUGAAAAGGUUCAAAGAAGUUGAGGAGGACAGGAGAAGGGCUGAGUGUAAGGGGGCAGCCCUGCUGCCCAAAAGCACCAAACUGGUCAAAACCAGUUAUUCAGCUCAUACCACUGAUGUAUCGGACCAGUGGGAGAGCCUCACCAUCACCGUAAUGAACCAGGUGACAACCCAGGACACCCGUUUGGUGGCAAGGCGGUCUAAUGGAGGCAGAAGGCAGCCCAAAUCACGGAGGUUGGAGGACCGCCUGGAAAAGAGAUGUGGGGACGAGAAAAACAUUUUGGAGGAAAGGCAACUGAUAAUCUGCACUAUAGACAACGGUGAGGAUGCAGGAGACUACUGCACUGACCACAGUGGCAGCACAUCGGACGUAGAGAGGCGAGAGUACCUACGCUGGAAGAGACGCAACCGCUCGAUUGUGGAACUGCUCGACCAACACCAGGACAACCUGGCAGUACACCUCCAGAGCAGCAAGGAGCAGAUGGAACUGCUCGACCAGGACGACCUGGCAGUACACCUCCAGAGCAGCAGGGAGCAGCGUAAGAAGGCCCGUUAGCUGGACAAUGACACAAUUCUCAUUUUCUUGUUCAGUCAACCACUGUUUGUAUUUGUGCAUGUUUACUGGUGUAUUGCACUUUAUUUCUUGAUAUUUUCACUGUGAAUGUUACAUUUUUCUGUACUUUAUAAAUGAGCAACCACAAGCUUUGUUCUUCUUUCCUCACACUUUCUCUGACAGAGAGUAGAGGGAGAAUAAAGUUAACACUCAAUGUACUUGACUUCCCUAAAUUCUUAUUCUAGCAUGAUGCCCAGAGGAGAUGUACCACCAUGGUCCUUGAUUAAAAGUUGUCUUUACUCUGGGUUUUAUAUCCAAACCGUAACUUCGUUUGUACACUGAUAUGGUUCUGUUUAUGUGUAAUGAACUGUUCCCUGAAUUCCCCUGUUCUAAAUGUUAUUUUUGUCUGCGUAGCUGAUGUGCAAUUUGAUACAGGGAGGAGACUUCCUGAAUGUGUUCCAAUAUAAAUGUUUGUUCUGUUUGCUUCCA